AUGGCAAUCUGGUAUGCGCUAGGUAUUGCGUUCUUCGCUGCCAUCGGCACGUUCUUGUUUGGCUUCGAUACUGGCAUUGCCACAACGACGAUCGCCCAUCAAAGUUGGAUUGAUUAUAUGGAACAUCCAUCCAAUGGCCUCACAGGAGCUGUUGUAGCCGUGUAUAUUGCCGGUGAGGCAGUUGGCGCCCUAGUACAAACGUUCGUCGGCGACCGACUCGGCCGUAUCCGAUUCAUGCAAAUGAUGUGUGUGAUUGUAACAAUCGGCACCACAAUCCAAACCGCCUCCGUCAACAUAGGCAUGUUCCUCGCCGGCCGUGCCCUAGCCGGUCUUGCAGUAGGUGGUAUGGUCGGCACAGUUCCAAUUUAUCUCAGCGAAAUCUCCGACCCUCGAUACCGUGGUCUGAUCGGUGGUAUAUCUGGCUGCGGUAUCUCCUUCGGAACCAUGAUGUCCAACUGGGUCGGCUUUGCAUGCAGCUACGCCCCCUACGGUGCUGUCCAAUGGCGACUGCCGCUUGCCAUUCAGAUCCCCUGGGGUAUUAUCAUGUUUAUCGGUCUUGCUACUUUCAUGCCCAACUCGCCGCGUCAACUAAUUCGCGUUGGCAAGCCGGACCUUGCGCGCAAUGAGUUUGCACGCAUUCGUCGUGGAAUGGUUCUUCACGAGAUGGAGGAGGAGUUUGGUCUCAUGAAGGCGCAGAUUGAGUAUGAGAUGGAGCGAGAGAUUACUUCUUACCGUGCCAUCUUCAAGCUGUUCAGACACCGUGUUCUUGUGUCUAUUGCUGUGCAGACUAUGACCAGUUUGACCGGUGUCAACGUCAUUCAAUACUAUCAGACUAUUCUAUACAAGAGUCUCGGAAUCGGAUCUCACACGAUCCUCGCUCUGGCUGCGGUCUACGGCACUUUCGCCUUCCUGUCCAACUCCAUCACCACCAAGUACCUGACUGACCAGUGGGGCCGUCGCAAGAUGAUUCUGACUGGAUUGGCUGGCAUUGUGCUGAUUGAGAUCUACGCCGCGGUGAUGCAAAGAUGUUUCCAGAACACCGACAACCGCGUCGGCAAGGGCUUCGCUAUUCUUGGAAUCUACCUAUUCGUUGUCUGCUACUAUGGUAUGCUCAACAGUACCACCUGGCUUUACGGUGCCGAGGUCCUUCCAAUGGCCCUCCGCAGUAAAGUGAUGGGUCUUGCAGCCUCGUCUCACUUCAUCGUCAACGUCGCAAUCACCGAGGCUGGCCCAAGCGCUUUUGCCAAAAUUCGCGAGAACUACUACUACGUCUUCGUAGGAUGCUCUUUGUUCUUCCUGGUGAUCGCUUACUUCUACUUCCCUGAAACCAAACAAAAGACCCUUGAAGAAGUGGCUGCUGCAUUCGGCGACCAGCUUGUCGACACAGACGCCAACUUCAAGCGUGCGGCCAGCGUUGUUGGAGACACACAGCACGUCGAGGAGAGUGUUGAGGUUACCAAGGCGGUCUAG